AUGUCUCAUCCUUUACGUCCAAUAGAUCUGGUAAGACAACCAGCCCCGUUUCAGGAUCGGUACAAGAUACUGCAGAAACUUUUAGCGCACUUGCAAAAGGUGAAGCCCAAUGCUGCGGAAAAGCUCAACAAGCUUGCUGUAGGGCUAGAAGCACGAGUAGCUAAAUCUAGUAGCUCUCCACAGAGCUAUCGGUUCAACAUGAGCAUUUUGAUGCGGGAUCUAACUAAAUAUAAAGGGGAUCUGUCGCAGAUACGGGUAGGACAAAAACCAAUAGUUGCGAGGGACAAAACGAGGCCAUCGAACAUAACCAAGCUUAAUGCAAUGGAGAAGCUGAAGGCAGUUAUCAUUGAUACGGAAGUUUUAAAGAAAAAUGGUUAUAUAAUAGGAAAAGAAACGACUGAGGAUCCAGCUGACUUAAUCUAUACUACUUGCAUUCGAUGUAAUACCAAGUUUGAAAAAGCAAAGAUAAUGGAAAAUGCAUUCUGCCGAUACCAUAUCUCUAAGAAACAGUUCGACAAGGUUUCCAAAACAUACCAGUAUCCUUGUUGCGGGGAAACUACGGUCUCGACCUCGUUUCUGCGUUUAGGUUGUCAAACUCAGAACCACCACGUCUUCAGGUCAGAGACAUACGAGGAAUUAUCUACUAUAUCGAAAUUCAUUUCAACUGAUAAUUACUCAGGUGAAGAAAAUGUUUUGGCUUUGGACUGUGAGAUGGCAUUCACUUCAUUAGGUUACGAAAUGAUCAGGCUCACAAUCGUUGAUUUUUUCACAUCAAAGACGCUUUUUGAUGAAAUUAUUCGCCCUAUCGGUGAAGUUAUUGACCUUAACUCUCAAUUCAGUGGUGUUCACGAGAUAUGUGAGUCUAAUUCUAUGAGCUAUCAUGAGGCAAUGAGAAAAGUAGUUUCGGAAAAGCUGAUCAACAAAAAUACCAUUUUGAUAGGACACGGUCUAGAAAACGAUCUCAAUGUUAUGAGAAUAGUGCAUAAAAAAAUCAUAGAUACCGCAAUCUUGUAUUCAAAAGGAAGAUAUAAGUCAUCUUUAAAGAAUUUCGCUUUCGAAUUCUUAAGUAGAGAGAUUCAGAACGGCGAGCAUGACAGUUCUGAAGAUGCAAUAGCCACAAUGGAUGUUGUUAAAGUACGGCUCGGCAUCCCGGUUGAGCAAACUGGGUGGGAUUAA